UUUUCCACCAGAGGCUGGAGGGGAGGUAGCAGAAGAGGCGGACCCAAAAGCCAACGACCCCCACUACUGAGUACCGUGUGUUAAUACCGACCAUUUCUCUCCGCGCAUUCAAGCCGCUUCCUCGAAGAGCGACGCUCCAGAAUUGUGACUCGGCAGUCACGAGCCCUCUCCAGAUCCUGACCACCGGAGGAGAAAGUGGACCAUAACCUUCUCAGCCUACUUCUCAUCUGCUCUGACUGUCGACCCGUCCUCCUCCCACAGACUCAGCAUGGAGCCGGCCAACUCGGAGAUGAACAUCUUAUCGAAUGGCAAAAGCCACGACCUCAGAGACGACUUGGUUGUGCCGAUGAAGUUGUUACCGGAGGAUGAUCACAAUGGCACUCAAACGGCCAGGCUCGACGACAUGGACGGAGGACAGGAGAAUCAGGAGUUUCUUCCCAACGCAGACGGAAAGAAAACCAUCAAAUUCACAGACUUUGAAGGCAAAACGUCUUUCGGCAUGUCUGUGUUCAACCUCGGUAAUGCCAUCAUGGGGAGUGGAAUCCUGGGAUUGGCUUAUGCCAUGGCCAACACGGGAAUCCUCCUUUUCUUGUUUCUUCUGACAGCAGUAGCUGCCCUGUCGUCCUAUUCCAUUCACCUGCUGCUGAAAUCCUCCGGCAUUGUUGGAAUCAGAGCUUAUGAACAGCUGGGAUAUAGAGCGUUUGGCAAUCCUGGAAAAAUGGCCGCCGGAAUAGCCAUUACCUUGCAGAAUAUCGGUGCCAUGUCCAGCUACCUGUACAUCGUAAAAUCCGAGCUGCCCCUGGUCAUCCAAGCCUUCCUGAAAGCGGACCCCAGUUCCGACCUGUGGUACUUAAAUGGAAACUACCUGGUCAUCAUCGUCUCUGCCAGCAUCAUCCUGCCCCUGGCCUUGAUGAAGCAGCUCGGUUACCUCGGCUACACCAGUGGAUUUUCCCUCAGCUGUAUGGUUUUCUUCCUCAGCGCGGUUAUAUAUAAGAAGUUUCACAUCCCCUGCCCAUUCGAUGAAUACUCAACAGCCAACAGCACUGCCGCUCAUCUCAACGUCUCACACCACGUGCACGAGCACGUUCAUGAGGAGGAGGACUCACACUGCUACCCUCGUUUGUUCACCAUCAACUCACAGACAGCGUACACCAUUCCCAUUCUGGCGUUCGCCUUCGUCUGCCACCCCGAGGUGCUUCCCAUCUACACCGAGCUCAGCAAACCGACAAAGAAACGGAUGCAGAGGGUGUCCAACAUCUCCAUCUUUGUCAUGUACACCAUGUACUUCCUGGCUGCCCUCUUCGGCUACCUGACUUUUUAUGACAAUGUAGAGCCAGAACUGCUGCACACAUACAGCCGCAUCGAUCCUUACGACACCCUGAUCCUCUGCGUGCGAGUGGCCGUCCUGACCGCCGUCACGCUGACCGUCCCAAUCGUGUUGUUCCCAGUCCGCCGCGCCAUCCAGCAGAUGCUGUUCCCCACAAAGGCUUUCAGCUGGCUGCGUCACAUCGCCAUUGCGCUCGUCUUGCUGACCUUCAUCAACAUGCUAGUCAUCUUCGCCCCCAACAUCCUGGGCAUUUUUGGCAUCAUCGGUGCCACUUCUGCCCCCUGCCUGAUUUUCAUCUUUCCUGCCAUAUUCUACAUCCGCAUCGUUCCUAAAGACGAAGAACCGAUGAACUCUGUUCCUAAAAUUAUGGCGGCUUGUUUCGCUGCUCUGGGCGUCUCCUUCAUGGUCAUGAGUCUGAGCUUUAUAAUCAUCGACUGGACGUCAGGGAGCAGCCAUUCUGCCGGGGGUCACUAGGUCGGGUCCAUGUCAAAUGGAAGAGUUGUAAAGGGAGCACUAUCACCUCAGUGGGAACACACUACAGAGCUUCCAAGAACAGAAUCCAGCGUCAUUCAUGUGAAGAACCACGUAGAGUUCAACGUACUGGCCUUCAAUUCCGAACCAUUUCAAACAAAGCAGGAGUAUUUUUGAUGCCCUUCAUUCAUAAGUUGAGAAAGAGAUGCAGUUCUGAAUCGCUCCAGUGUGGCGCUGUGAAUCAUCGUCACCUGGAUCUACAUAUAUAUUCAAUAACCCUGGUGCCUUUCAGCAUUUAGAGCCACAGACACAAAGAGCACACACACACGUGCUUAUUUAUAUAACUAUAUCUGAGUUUUUAAUUUCGAUUAUACUGUAUAUAAUGAAAUUAAUAAUCCAAUUAACUUAUGUUCUAUCUAAAAAUCUCACUUUAGUUUGUGAUAAAAUACAUAUAAUGAAAUACAGAGGCUGUGAUUUUAUUUUUUUGGAAUGUUAAUUUCGAGCACAUUAAUGCCAACCUGAGACCUUGAAUAUAAAGUAAUACCAUUUUUUUUUAAUCUAGCUUCUUAGCGCUCCCUGAAACUGCGCUCUUUUGAUGCAAAUUUAUGUUUUAUUUCUGCUCUGUUUUACGAUGCAUUAUGAGGUAAGUACUGGAGGCAAAGGUCUGGUAGUUUCUCACAGCUGCUUUUAAAAAUAGAAACUUUUUCGAUUACCUCAUAAUAAGAUAGUGUAUCUUAGAUGUAGUGGUGUAUUUAAUUGCUUAAGUUUUUGUGUAGUAUGUAGUCAAAUCCACAGGUAUACAGGGGGUCAAUAGCGAAAUAUUCAUUUCAAUAUAACUGCUUUGACACCUUUGAGGUGAUCUGAAGAGGAAAUAAAAGAAGGUCCGCGAAGGCAACCUGCAUAUUUGUGGACAGAGCUCAACAGCUAACGGCACUUCAUUGAUACAGAUAAUUACAGCAAGAUUCAAUCGUCUGUCUUCUGGACAGUUUGGGUAAAUUCACCCUCUUUUGUCGAUCUCAUCACGACUAUUUAUAAAACUGGUCCUAUCUUAUGUCCAUACUAUGUCCAUCCAUAUGCAGCUGAAACACAAUGAUAAGGAAGAUUUCUGAUGCAAUUUUCAAUCUUUCUGGUUGUGACAUGAAAAAUUAACUUCAAAUAAAAACUGUUGCUGCUGGAGUUCGAGGGACACCACACAGUUUAAAUUCACUUCACUAUAACACAUAGAGAUGGCUUUCAAGAUCAUAUAGUAUGGACAGACGAUUGUAUUAAAAAAUAUAUAUCGUGGUCAUGGAAGAUUUAAGUCAUGUACUGGUUUGAUGUAUUUUAAUCUGCUUAAAAACUUGUUGAAUAUUUACACCUGCAUGUUCUAGUUUUUGUACGGUAGCUUAAGAACAAACAGCUGUCUCACCCUUCCACUUACAAAUGUGCAUCUGGACGUGCCGUGUGUUCAAGCCGGAUACAGUGUUGUACUGGUAUUAUUUGAAAAUACAUCAUACUACUGUGGUGUGUAAGUUAGGAGGCGGAUUGUUGAAGACAUUUAAACAAACAGCACAAUAGCACUGAAAGCCGAGUGCAAUCGCCACUACUGUUAGAGACAUAAUGAUGGAAACGUAUUUACUGCUGGUACCAAAGAUGGUUUUAUAUUUAAGCACAGGCUGCAAAAAGGUCCUGUCAUCACUUAUCUCAUAUUAUUUAUAUAUAUAUAUGACUCUAUUUAAUGUGUUUAAGACUUCUAAUUCACCAUAAAGCGACGUCUGAAUCAUGAAUGUACGAAUACAUAUAGAGAUGUCCGUCCUUUUGCUUCAGGGUUUGGCAGUUUUUCGGUGCAAAUGAAGGGCUUGUUUUGUCAUAAAAGAGUUUUGACCUGGCUUCAAGGGAUCAUGGCAAAAAUAAUAACUGACUACCUACUGCUUUUGCAAAUGCCUUGUAACUCUCAUCACUGAGGCAUAUUUGAUCACACGUGUGUUUUCUGUUGCGACAAACAUGAUGCGUAAUUGUUUGGUGAAUAACAUGUUGAUUUAUCGUGUACAUAAAUGUAAACCUUU